ACUAAAAAAAAAGCAUUAUAUACUCUGUGUUAUACUAAAAAGGAAAACAGUUUUUUGAUUGCAUUUUGUUACAAUAAACUUAAUAUACUAAUUUACUGAGAAGAAAUAGAAUUUUUUCAAAAUGAAAAUAGAGGAGGUUAAAAGUACAGCGAAAACACAAAGAAUCUCUGCUCACAGCCACAUAAAAGGUUUAGGGUUGGAUGAAAAUGGAAUCCCUAUACAAAUGGCAGCCGGUCUCGUGGGUCAAGAAACCGCUAGAGAAGCUGCUGGUGUUGUAGUGGAUAUGAUUAGGAGCAAGAAAAUGGCAGGCCGUGCCUUGCUGUUGGCAGGUCCACCAGGUACAGGCAAAACUGCUAUUGCUUUAGCAAUAGCUCAAGAAUUAGGUAAUAAAGUACCAUUCUGUCCUAUGGUUGGUAGUGAAGUGUACAGUACAGAAAUAAAGAAAACCGAAGUGUUGAUGGAGAAUUUCCGUCGCGCCAUUGGAUUGCGGAUUCGUGAGACCAAGGAAGUGUAUGAGGGUGAAGUAACAGAACUCACACCUGUUGAGACAGAGAAUCCAGCUGGAGGCUAUGGAAAAACUGUAUCCCAUGUCAUUAUUGGUCUCAAAACAGCUAAGGGUACAAAACAAUUAAAGUUGGAUCCAACUAUUUAUGAAUCUCUACAGAAAGAGAAGGUGGAGGUCGGAGAUGUUAUUUAUAUUGAAGCCAAUUCAGGAGCAGUCAAAAGACAAGGCAGGAGUGAUACAUUUGCCACAGAAUUUGAUCUUGAGGCUGAAGAAUAUGUUCCACUGCCAAAAGGCGAUGUUCACAAGAAGAAAGAGGUUGUUCAAGAUGUAACAUUGCAUGAUCUAGAUUGUGCUAAUGCAAAACCGCAAGGUGGACAUGACAUCAUGUCCAUGAUGGGUCAACUAAUGAAGCCAAAGAAGACUGAGAUCACAGAUAAAUUAAGAAAAGAAAUUAAUAAAGUAGUGAACAAAUAUAUAGAUCAAGGUAUUGCAGAAUUGGUGCCUGGAGUGUUAUUCAUUGAUGAGGUGCACAUGUUAGACAUAGAGACAUUCACAUAUCUACAUCGUGCUUUGGAGUCUGCUAUAGCGCCAAUAGUAAUUUUCGCAACCAAUAGAGGCCGUUGUCAAAUAAGAGGCACAGAAGAUAUUGUUUCUCCUCAUGGAAUCCCAUUAGAUCUUUUAGAUAGACUACUAAUUAUACGUACGCUACCAUACAACAAGACGGAAUUAUUACAGAUAUUAAAAUUACGUGCGACAACUGAAGGAAUAGCCAUAGAUGAUGAAGCAUUGGCUGCCCUAGCUGAAAUCGGCGCCAACAGUACUUUGAGGUAUGCGGCACAAUUAUUAUCACCAGCGGCGUUAGCGGCUCGAGCAGGCGGUACGAGCUGUGUGGGUACACCUCAUGUACAGUCUGUGCACGAGCUCUUCCUUGACGCCAAAUCCUCUGCCCGCAUCCUCACGCAGCAUUCUGACAAGUACAUGAAAUAGACUCGCGUUCUGGUCUUGUACACACCCACCUACCUCUUUUUGUUACUAACCUAACUAUAAUUCGUAAAUACAGUUCGCUACUUCUUUAUUAUACAUUUUAUAGAUAUUAUAGUAUAAUGUUUAGAAAAUGAUCCUUCGAGCCGGAUAGCUUGUUUUAAAUCAACUGAACUAAAUCUUCGUUAAUAUUAUUAUAUUAUUUUAUUAUAGAUAUAUAUUUCAUCAUAGAGCUCUAUAAACCAUUUAACAGAUUUCCUACUCAAAACAUAAUAAAGUAACACACUGUGUUUACAUGUUAUAUGUAGGUUAUUAUCAAUAUUCUAAACAGAGGUCUGUUAACAUGCGCAUGCGCUGAUGUUGCAGUAGCAAGUAUAUAAGUUAAAGGCCUUAAAGCACGGCGACCGUCCGCUCAUCACCCUGUCAGAGGUGUUCGUGUGAUCCUUUCUUUUUUAAUCACGUUUACUCUUAGUUUUUUAUUCAUGAAAUUUUCUUCAUGAACAUGUGUAUGUGGACAGUUUUUACUAAUCAUCUACACCUCUUUGAUUUCUUAAGCCACGCCAUACUAAAGGAAUCUGUAAUUUGGAAGGAAAAUCUUUGUCGACCUUAAUAGGUUUAAUGUAAUGUGUAUUAAAUGCCUAUAAUCUAUUUUUCAUACUUUGUCAUAGUAUAUCUCGACAUCUAUAAUCUUGACAUGGCUUUUUUUGAAAUUGAUUAUUUAAAACAAAUACAAACAAACAACAUAACCAGUUAGCAUAUUACAAAUAUUUUUAUUCAAUAAUAUGUUUAUUUUAUGCAAUGUCAUUUAGAUAACAAGAUGCCAUUAUUAUUUACUUAAUAUCCUAAGUUUCAAAAAUAGAUUAUACUUAUUUUUACUUUGUCACAGAGUACCUACUUUAGGAUAAACGGAUUAUAAUUUGUAGGUACUAUGUUAUUAAUUUUGUUGUCCUAAAAUGUAUUUCUUAAGGUUUUUAUAUUAUGCAGAGCA